AUGGCUAGCACUUGCACAUGUGACAAGAGCAAGCUGCAUGACCCCGUGCACAUGCUGUCCAGCGAGAGGGACCACGCCAAAGCCGCCGGGCGGGCCCGCCUCGGCUACGCCCAGCUGAGGAAUGUGCCGAUAUUUAAAACCAUGUUUAGCAGCCUUAUCCAUUAUCCUGGGUACAAUCUACGCUUGGAGGGAAAAGAUCCCGUGCCACCAUUUAUUGACCAAAAAUGGAGAGGGAGGGCUCAGCAGCGCCUAGAGGCUCUUCAGCAGCUUACUGUAUUUCAGCCUUCUCUUCAGAUUCCUCAGAUAGUUUAUGAAGAUCCUGAAGUUACUGGAAGGAAUCGCUACAAAUACUUUGAACGGCCUUACAUCCCUUUCAGUCAGUCAUUUCCACUAAAUGUUAUUUAUGCAAUGGCAAAGACAGAUCCAUAUGUUCACUCAUCUUCCAUCAGUGCUAGACAACAGUAUCCCAUAUCACGAACUGUAGGGACACAGACAGAUUAUCGGGAUGGUGAAGCUCAGACUGACCCCUACUCCCCAGAAUAUAUAGUUCCUCAAGGUUCAAUCCCAGAACUGCUGACACUUGCAACUCUUACUUGGGGCCGGGGCCUUCCAGCAGGACUAGCUGAAGUGGAGAUGAUUGAACGUGCCCGGGAGAAACGUGUCUGGGAAUCAACUCUUCCACCACUGAACGAUGCCUCACAAGUUGUGAAGAGGAGGAAGAUGAUGGAUGACAUGGAGAGGAAGGAGUGGGCCUUCCGAGAACAGGAAAUAGAAAAAUUGCAAGAGCUCCGACUUGAAAUCUUAAAAAAGUUGCUGAAGCAGCGAGAGGAGAAGCAGAAUGAGGUGGAUGUCAGCCGCUUGGAUGCUCAUUGGUUUAACCGUCAGAAAGCCAAAGAAGAGAGGGUGAAAAGAAUUCGACACGAGCAUGUCAAAGCCAUCAGGAGGCUGGUAGCCAAGGGGAAGAAUGUGGAGGGGAAGCUGGAGAGACGAGACAUCAUCAAGGACUACUCUAAUUUUGCAUCGCAGCCUUAUGGGCCUCUGUCCAGAAUUGGUUAUUUUCCAGAUAACCACUCUGAACGUUUUGUGGUAAAAAGCUACUUUCUUAACACCUAUGAGGGAUUACUUGAGCUGGAGGCAUCUCUCCCAGACUCCAUCACCCAGCUCCAGACCAAAGUUCCACAACCCAAGGUCACGACCACUAAGGAUGGGUUUAUCAAGCGAUCAGCAAGGCUAGAGAUGGAGCUGUCACAGGUUCACCAGGUGCUGUUGGCCAAAAAGAAUAAAGUCCAGGAGCCAAAGAAACCCCUUCGAUUCCUUCAGAAAGUAGCAAAACCCGUUCCUCGGCCCCCAACUCCAAUGCUGGAAACGCCAUCAACCAGAGAAGAGGAGAUUGAAAUGGCAGUGAUCUUUUUGCAGAAGUUAAUCCGAGGCAGAGCAAUUCAGAACAUGAUGUUUGAAGGGAAAGAGAAGCGGCUAGAACUGAUUCGGGAGCUACGUACCACCCAUGCACUGCAGGAGGACAGACAGCUGCUAAAGAAAGCAGAAAAGCAAGUGACUCUGGCUUUGCAGAGACAACGUGACUUGCAUGAGCACAAGCUGUCACAAAUCGAGAACCACUUGGCCUGGAUAGAAGGGCGGGCACUGGUGAACAUGUUUGACUUCCUGUCCAAAGAGCUGGUGAGGUUACAGGAGGAGCGGAGGAUCCAUGCUUUCACCAUGCUGGGUGAGCGGCAGCGGCGGAUACGGGAAGCAGAGGAGAGUGGGCGCCGCCAGGUGGAAGAGAGACGCCGGCGGGAGGAAGAUGAGAUCUUCAAACAGGUGGUCAAGGUGCACCAGAGCACUGUUGAUUCCUACCUGGAAGACAUUAUCCUGAAUAGCAUGGAGAACACAGCUGAAGAACAAGCCCGGGAAGAGAUUCAGAGGAUGGCAGUGGAAAUCAAUGACAUCGCUUAUGAAAUGGAAAGUCGCCGAACUUACCAGCAGUCAGAAGAGAUUGUUGCAGAGCUGGUGUACAGCUUCCUGAUUCCAGAAGUAGAGAAAAUCUCUGUUAAGGAGAAAGUGAGGCAGUCUCAGCGGAAACACAUCAAUGCAGCUCACCAGAUCAUCCACGGAGGCACAGACAUGGUAGUGGCACAGAGCUCCUCUAUGCUACCCGAACAGGCAUUGCACAAAGGAGUCCUGGAAGGGUCUGUGAUCGGGUUGACUGAGAGCUCUUCCAGUGCAACAGUCAGCUCCACUCUCAGCAGCACAGCUACUGAGCCAGAGGCAACAGAGCACCCAUUUGUGACCCUCACCAAGCAAGUACCCUCUGAAAUGGUGCAGAAGGGAAGCCAAGGUGGGUUGGCAGAGACAGACAAGGGCACGCAGGAUGACAUCACUCCACAGAAGGAGACAGGAGAUGAAUAGGGUCAAAAUGAGCCCAUCCUGAGGGCAGUUGUCCCGUUUUGGCUGGCUGAGGGGGUUCCUUCACCUGCUUGGUAUCUCCUGAGGCACA